ACACUUGGCAUGCCAAAGUGGCUUACUGCAGUAACCUCGUGGGUCUGUGAGGCGUGGCACCGCCCACGUGGCUCUGCCCUCCCUACAGUAUCUAGGCAUCGGAUGGGGCAGGUUUGUCUGGAGCGUGAGGAAGAGGCUGCCUGUGUCAUUAUGUGUGCGUCGGUCAAAUACAAUAUCCGGGGUCCUGCCCUCAUCCCAAGAAUGAAGAGCAAACACCGAAUCUACUACAUCACCCUCUUCUCCAUUGUCCUCCUGGGCCUCAUUGCCACUGGCAUGUUCCAGUUCUGGCCGCAUUCCAUCGAGUCCUCCAGCGACUGGAGCGUGGAGAAGCGCAGCGUCCGGGACGUGCCGGUGGUCAGGCUGCCCGCCGACAGCCCCAUCCCCGAGCGGGGCGAUCUCAGCUGCAGGAUGCACACGUGCUUUGACGUCUACCGCUGUGGCUUCAACCCAAAGAACAAAAUCAAGGUGUACAUCUACUCUCUGAAGAAGUACGUGGAUGACUUUGGUGUCCCAGUCAGCAACACCAUCUCCCGGGAGUAUAACGAACUGCUCACGGCCAUCUCUGACAGUGACUACUACACCGAUGACAUCAGCCGCGCCUGCCUGUUCGUCCCGUCCAUCGACGUACUUAACCAGAACACGAUCCGCAUUAAGGAGACAGCACAAGCCUUGGCCCAGCUCUCUAGGUGGGAUCGAGGUACAAACCACCUGCUGUUCAACAUGUUGCCUGGAGGUCCCCCCGAUUAUAACACAGCGCUGGAUGUCCCCAGAGACAGGGCUCUAUUGGCUGGUGGUGGCUUUUCUACAUGGACUUACCGGCAAGGCUACGAUGUCAGCAUUCCCGUCUACAGUCCGCUGUCAGCUGAGGUGGAGCUUCCAGAGAAAGGACCGGGUCCCCGGCGGUACUUCCUCCUGUCCUCUCAGAUGGCUGUCCACCCCGAGUACAGAGAAGACCUGGAGGCCCUCCAAGCCAGACACGGGGAGGCGGUGUUAGUCCUGGAUAAGUGCACCAACCUCUCAGAGGGCGUCCUCUCCGUCCGUAGGCGCUGCCACAAGCACCAGGUCUUCGAUUACCCCCAGGUGCUGCAGGAGGCCACUUUCUGUGUGGUCCUUCGAGGUGCUCGGCUGGGCCAGGCGGUACUGAGUGACGUUUUACGCGCCGGCUGUGUCCCUGUUGUCAUUGCAGACUCUUACGUUUUGCCUUUCUCGGAAGUUCUUGACUGGAAGAGAGCAUCUGUGGUUGUGCCAGAAGAAAAGAUGUCAGAAGCGUACAGUAUUUUGCAGAGCAUCCCCCAAAGACAGAUUGAAGAAAUGCAGCGGCAGGCACGGUGGUUCUGGGAAGCGUACUUCCAGUCAAUUAAAGCCAUUGCCCUGGCCACUCUGCAGAUCAUCAAUGACCGCAUAUAUCCAUAUGCUGCCCUCUCCUAUGAAGAAUGGAAUGACCCCCCCACUGUGAAGCGGGGCAGUGUGAGCAACCCACUCUUCCUCCCACUGAUUCCACCACAGUCCCAAGGUUUUACCGCCAUCGUCCUCACCUACGACCGAGUGGAGAGCCUCUUCCGGGUCAUCACUGAAGUGUCCAAGGUGCCCAGUCUGUCCAAGCUGCUCGUUGUCUGGAAUAAUCAGAAUAAAAAUCCCCCGGAAGACUCUCUCUGGCCCAAAAUCCGGGUUCCAUUGAAAGUUGUGAGGACUGCUGAAAACAAAUUGAGUAACCGAUUCUUCCCUUACGACGAAAUCGAGACAGAGGCUGUCCUGGCUAUCGACGAUGAUAUCAUCAUGCUGACCUCUGAUGAGCUGCAGUUUGGUUAUGAGGUGUGGCGGGAAUUUCCUGACCGGUUGGUGGGUUACCCAGGUCGUCUGCAUCUCUGGGACCAUGAGAUGAAUAAGUGGAAGUAUGAGUCGGAGUGGACCAACGAGGUAUCCAUGGUGCUCACGGGGGCAGCGUUUUAUCACAAGUAUUUUAAUUACCUGUAUACCUACAAAAUGCCUGGGGAUAUCAAGAACUGGGUGGAUGCUCAUAUGAACUGCGAAGACAUUGCCAUGAACUUCCUGGUAGCUAACGUCACGGGAAAAGCUGUCAUCAAGGUAACACCGCGAAAGAAAUUCAAGUGUCCUGAGUGCACAGCCAUUGACGGGCUUUCGCUAGACCAGACGCACAUGGUGGAGAGACACUUCCAGCACUUCAGAGGUAGACAUUGGUGGUUCUCAGCCUGUCUGUACUGGAUUAUAAAACCAACCCAGGGGAGCAUUGACUGACAAGGUGGCUGGACCUCUGACAGAACAACGCAAGCCACCUACCAGCCACCACCAGACUCACCGUCUGCCCCAACCUGUUCCCCAACCCAGAUGCUCUGUGUGAAAAGAAGGUAGACAACCCUGUCAGUACCUGGCCGGAGAGUUAAGGACCUUCACCACUCAGAGUAGCCGGCGGCUUCUCCGGUGCAGGCUGCAUGGGGAGAAAGAAGCACUCACUAGGCCUGGGUCAGCCAGGGGCAGCCGUCAACAAGCCAGCUGGCCCGAGCCCCAGUGGCCUCCUGCCUGUGGCCCGGCCCUGUUGGCAGAUCUGUUUACAGAGGAGACAUUGUGCUCAGUCUUCUCCAGCGGGCCAGGGAGCCGCUAUCCUCUGCCAAGAACCAUGGCUCUUCUUUAAUACAUACCCACCGGUACCUGUGUUGUGUGUUGGGCCCUGCUGGGCUUUGCUGGCCAGAGUCUACGGGCAUAAUGACUGGAAACUGGAAGAAUCUGUACAUGUUUGUAGGCAGAACAGCUGCCAAAAGUAAGACCUCGGAGAGACUAACUUGGUCUGCACUGCCCUGACCCUGUACCUCGAGGAGAGGGCGGCCGUUGUGCUUCCUCGGCAGCACUUUGUCGACACGCCUCGGUCUUUUCCCGGGUCCCCUCUCAGUUUGGAACCUCAGCCGCCACCCCCCGAGUCUCACAGGAGUGGUGGCAGGAGGGAAAGUCAUUGCCUCUGCGUUUUGGUAGGGUGAGGGAAAGUACAGAGGCUCUCUUGCCAGUGCAGGCCUGGGCUGCACACCCAGCUCUAGCACUUUCCAGCUCUGGGGCUCAGGCCUCAGCUUUAACUUGUCGGCCCAUAACAGGAAGCUGCUGUAAACCAGCCGUUGGGCAUGUCAAGGGGGAUACUUUAAGGAAUCGAUGAAAUCGUGUUUGUAAAUUAUCUGGCACAUCAUAGGAGCGCAAAAGUCGUUAAUUUCCAACCGCUCCACUUGGACUCUAGAAUUGUGUUCAUAAAUAAAUUUGUAUCAUCUCAUAAUUAA